AACGCCUAACGCAAACUCAUCCCUUGAAAACGCAACCGUAAAAGGGUAAGAAAAAAAGAAACAACAAUCUGCAAUUCACAGCCACAAAUAUAGUGCGUCAGAAGGGAGCAAAGACAAGAAAAAAAAUGAGUAUCGGGGUAGGAAAAACCGUGUGUGUAACUGGAGCCUCUGGUUACAUCGCUUCAUGCCUUGUUAAGCAGCUUCUCCUUCGUGGUUACACUGUCAAAGCCUCUGUUCGUGACCCAGAUGAUCCAAGAAAGACACAACACUUACUUGCACUUGAUGGUGCUGAGGAGAGGCUUAAGUUGUUUAAGGCAAACCUAUUGGAAGAAGGUUCCUAUGAUUCUGCUGUCGAAGGUUGUGAAGGUGUUUUUCACACAGCAUCUCCCUUUUAUCAUGAUGUCACAGAUCCACAGGCAGAAUUACUUGAUCCUGCUGUGAAGGGAACAUUGAAUGUUCUGAACUCAUGUGCUAAGACCUCUUCUGUCAAACGAGUGGUCUUAACAUCUUCUAUGGCUGCAGUCGCGUACAAUGAGAAGCCUCGAACUCCAGAUGUUGUGAUUGAUGAAACUUGGUUUACUGAUCCUGAUUACUGUAAGGGCUUAAAGCUUUGGUAUGUAGUCUCAAAAACCAUGGCUGAGGAUUCUGCCUGGAAAUUUUCAAAAGAGAAGGGCAUUGACAUGAUUGCCAUGAACCCUGCAAUGGUGAUUGGUCCUCUUUUACAGCCAACUCUUAAUACAAGUGCUGCAGCAGUUUUAAGCUUAAUUAAAGGAGCGCAUACAUUCCCCAAUGCAACUUUUGGUUGGGUCAAUGUUAAAGAUGUUGCAAGUGCACAUAUCCAGGCAUUUGAGAUUCCAUCAGCUAGUGGAAGAUAUUGUUUAGUCGAGAGAGCUGCACAUUACUCAGAAAUUGUGAAGAUCUUACGCGAGCUUUAUCCUUCUUUCCAACUUCCCGAAAAAUGUGCAGAUGACAAACCUUAUGUGCCAACAUAUCAGGUGUCAAAGGAAAAAGCAAAAAGUUUGGGUAUAGAAUUCAUUCCUUUGGAUGUGAGCCUCAAGGAAACAGUUGAAAGCUUGAAGGAAAAGGGAUUUGUGGAUUUUUGAGUCUCAUUAGCUCCCUCCCUGCAGGUUCUAAUAUAAAUAAAUGUUGGCUCUGAGCAUAAUCGUUCCUGAUAUUUGACUAGGACAAAUGGUGAUUUAGUAGAGAAAAUUACGUUUCGAUGGCAUGAUCCUGAGUUUCUAGUUUUCCCCUAAGCUGUUGAAUUUCACUUCGGCUAUAGCUUAUCUUCUGUAAUGAAUUUAUGAAUUAAUCACUCCACUGGCCUCUUUGUUCCAUGGUAAGUACCAAGGUGACUUGAAAUAUUCAAGGUUCAUAAUUACCAGCAACCCCUUUUAUUGCUGCGGGUCCAAAAUU